AUGGCAUUUGAUGGCUCAAAAAAAUCUUCACCAAAAGAUAAUAAGAACAAUGGCCAUGGGGCGCAUGUUGCUGGCAUUGUCAUUGGAAAUUUUGUUGAUAACACUGAUGUUCUUGGGCUUGCCAAGGGCACCGCAUCAGGCACAUCACCUAAAGCUCAUCGUGCUACCUAUAAGGCUGGCUACAUGGGAAACAAUUGCAAUAGUGCAGAUAUUGCGGCAGCUGUAGAUGAAGCCAUUAAAAAUGGAGUGGAUAUUCUCAAUCUUUCUUCGGGAUACUUAAACCCCUCUCCGUUCUAUAAUGAUGACAUAAUAAUUACAAUGAUCUCUACUGUUAGAGCAAAAAUAUUUGUUUGUAUGGCUGUAGGAGACAUAGCUCAUGCCAACUACACUACAACACACAAAAUUGUGAAUUAUUUCACAUACUCUAGCUCAACUGCUACUGCAAUAAUUACAUUUAAUGGUACAAAUUUUGGAGCACGACCAUCUCCCACAGUUGGUUACUUCUCUUCAAGAGGUCCAUAUGCUUACAAUGGUGGCAUAAUAAAGCCUAAUAUCCUUGGACCUGGGGCGAAUAUCCUUUAUGCAUCAUGGCCAGUUAGACCUGGACCAAAUCCGAAUGGUCCUCCAGGUUCAUAUUUCAACUUUGACAAUGGAACAUCAAUGGCCACACCUCAUCUUAGGGGGAUUGCUGCACUACUUAAGAACACUCACAAAAAUUAG